GUGUCUGUGUGCGCGUGUGUCUGCGCCGGUGUGCGCGUGUGCCGGAGCGGAGCGUGGAGCGGGCUGGCUCUGUGGCUUUGGGGGUUGGGCUGCCGCUGCUGCUGCUGGUCCACACCGCAGACCUGCAGACAGACAGCGCUCGGUCCUCGGCGGAGAAGCGUUGUUUUCCCCUCAGCUUCAUCCUCCUCCUCCUCUUCCUCCUGCUGCGGUCAGGGCUCUUCUUGUGUCCGCGCUCUGUCCAGCUCUGUCUCUGCCAAAGGACCGUAAAUACCGUGCAGUUUUUUGGGAAAUACGUGACCACAUCACAUCAGGCCGGUGAAAAUGGUCAAGUUGGGGAGUAAUCUUCAGGACAAAGGCAGUGCCAAAGCGGUGAGUGUGGAGGACGGCUUCCAAAACGUGCCGCUCAUCACUCCUCUGGACGUGGGGAGCCUCCAGGGCCAAGCUCCGGACAAGGUGGUGGUGAAGACCCGCACAGAGUUCCAGACGGAGAAGAAGAGGCUGAAGGUGCCGAAGGUGGAGGAGUUCACCAUCAGCAUCACCGACGGGGUUUCCGAGAGACUCAAGGUUACCAUACUGAUCAUCCUUGCCCUGGCCUUCCUCGCCUGCAUCGUUUUCCUGGUGGUUUAUAAAGCCUUCACCUACGACCACGCCUGUCCAGAUGGAUUCAUAUACAAGCACAAGCGGUGUAUCCCAGCAUCCCUCGAGGCCUACUACGCCGCGCAGGAUGCUAACUCCAGGGGGCGCUUCUACACAGUGAUCAGCCACUACAGCAUGGCCAAGCAGACCACCUCGCACUCCGUCUCCCCCUGGCUGCCCGGUGGUGGCGCGGUGGGCGGGCAUCACGACUCCAAGCCCCCCAGCGGAGAGGGCCACUGAGUUAGCUCCAGCGCUAACCAUGCUAAUUCACAUCUAGACAUAUGAAACAUUUAGGUUUAGGACUAAAAAAAACACACGGACAUGCUAGCUGCAGAUGGUAUAUAGUGAAACAUGCAUGCAGACAUUAUUUGCAUUCAAUUUCAGUGCUAAUUUGCUACAUCAACCGAUAGAAAUAUUGUGGAAAUUUCUUAUAUGUCACUUUAAACGCUUUCAUUUGUUUUUUGCAGCACAUAAUAAAACGAUGUACUUUUCAUUUCGAGCACUAUAAGAAGAAUAAAGAAGUAUUUUGUUAAGAAUUAUCGCAAUUAAAACAAAGUAAAUGCCUGAUUGAAAUACUAUAUACAACAUAUAUUUGCAAAGUGAACUUAAUUUUACCACAAUACUCCUAUUUCUUAAUGUCUGGAUGGGGAAUUAUCAAUAUAUCUCACUAUGAUCAUAACCAUAUUUAUGUAUUUAUUGACUGCCGUUAUAUAUUUAUUUUGUACUGUUGUAUAAGGAUGUUUUGUAAGUCGAUAUCAGCCAAAUGUUUGUACGAUUUCACAUGGAGACGCGUUUUAUUUUUGCCAUUUUGGUGCAGCCAUUGUCUAAGGAUUUCUUAACGGAAUGGGAUUUUCCAUAGCUCAUAUCCAUGUUGCUGUGCUGUGCGUUUUAAACCAGAAAUUCCCCAGUGAUUCCUGCUGUACAUAGCCCUUACGCUAGUUAGUUUCUCGUGCGUUUGCAUCGUAGUAGCUUUUUCCUUUGUGUUGAUGUGACUACGUUUCGCUUUAGCAGUUUUGUAGCUCAAUAAUAAUGUGAAAGCUGGUUAACACGCGAUGAGAACGAGACAUGUGUAUGACUGUUUUGAACAACACUUUUUCAGCUUUUGUUAUGUUUGUAGGAUUUGGGAGAGUUUUAGGGCCACAAAACAUAAAAAAAAAAAAAUUGCAGAUGUAAAUGUAACUCCAAAAAAAGUUUUACAAUGGUCCCUCGUUAUGUCGCGGUUCAUUUUUCGGAUUUUUUAGCGCAAUUUUACAUGUUUUUUCCAGCGUAUGAACAUGGAUUGUGUUCUGCGUCCUGAUUGGCUGUUGGACUGUAGACCAUUGUCCGUCAGUCUCCUCCGUGCCGUGUCUCCUGUACAGUACAAAAUCCGUUCAGACAAAUUUACGUAAACGUUGGAUCGCAGUGUGACUCUGAAGUGCUGUACGUUUGCAAGUUUUCUCCUGGACAAAACCCACAAUGUCGAUGAAACGUUCCGCACCGACAAAUUACAGAAACGCUUUGGAUUCAUAAGUGUUUCUGUGCAGAUAAACGCUGGGGCAGAGGCACUCGAACACGUUUAAAGCGAUCGUCAAGGAAGAGGGAUAUAAUAUACGAUUGAUUUGAUUGAUUUGACACCAUUAACAAAGUACAAUAGUCCAAAACAAUAGACUCAAACAAACUCAUCUGCUGCUUCUUCCAGGCUUUACAUCGAAAUGAAGCCAACUUAUAAACAUUAGAAUUCAACAACCAUUUCAUCCAGAACAUAUCAGGGCGUUGAGUGAACAUUUCAUCAAAUAAAAUGGACAAUACAACAAAAAAAUGAGCUUCACUUUCCACUUUUCCCAACUCAGAUAAACCACAAAGUCAAAAAGUCUUUCUUCUUCAGGGGUUUGAGAAAGAUUUGAACUUUGAGAGUGUUAAAAAUGUGAGAAAAUGUGCAUUCCUGUCUGAGAAACGUGUAUAAAGUGUGUGGUGAGGGGUUUUUACAGCCGCAAAACCUAUAGAAUAACUGUAAAAAAUGACGCUGAUACUUCACGGAUUUCGCCCGUUACGAUAAACGACAAACGAGGGACCACUGUAUUCGUUUUUCCACUACUUUUUAACCAGAGUUUGAACCAACACCUCUAUGACAAACACGUAAUAAGUCACGUAUUUAUCCGUCUAUCCGUGUGAUUGUUUAUUUAUGUAUUUAUCGAGGGACAAAUUUAGCAGAGCUUGCACCUGAUGUGACGCAUAGAGUGAAGCUAGUGCUAAUCUCUGCUCCACUCGAACCGUUAUUUUUUUGGCAUCGGUGAGAUAGUUAUAGAUAUCGCAGCAAUUAAAAGGUUUUAGGAAACUUUUGAGACACUGACAAACACCAUUUUCCUCAAAGCGUUCUUUCAGAUUCGCUUUGUCGUGGCCCUAAACCUCCGCCGCAGAUCCUAUCCGCCGUAGACUCGAGUCCAGUACUGUCCCCCGCCGCUUUUCUGUUGUCUGUUGUCAGCUUUUAAGAUCAGAUAUCGUGACGCUGUUAGUCGAAAAUGUAGCGAUAACCCGGUGUAUUUUCAAUGUGUCUUUUCUUUCGGUUUGAAUUGAGAAUAAAACAGUUGUGCCCCGUGC